CGCAUCGGCUCCCUGGCUGCCGCAUCACCGAGCGGGGAGGGGCCCCGGUUUCCACUAUUGGCUGGAGCGGUAUUACCGACAGCUUUACGGUAGAGCCACGGCCAGAGAGGAGGAUGUGCGUGAGAGGUGGUCUUUUCAUCUCCAUAAAGCACUGAGUCUGCUGGCUCUCAACAUGAUUUUAAGAAGCUUCUAGCGGGUUUUUCCCCCUAUUCUUUCCUCAGCACACAACCACUGAACCUGUUUAACCCGAAAAGAGAUGCGCGCUGGUAAUCUCGGAUACAUUGUCCGGACACAGUGAGAGGAGGAGAGGAGCAUGUAACCGGCAGAAGCGCACCGGCGGCGGCGGUGGCACCACCUGACACUUCUCUCGCUCUCUCCCGCUCAUUGUUUCCUCAUAAUUUGAGGCUUCUUGAUGUGUUGACUGAACUCUUGUCGUUGUUUUGGAUAUUAUAUUCGACAAAAUGAGCGAAGAAGUGUCAGAGGUCCCCAAAGAGCUUCUGGAGAGCGUCAGGGACGCAGUGGGGAGAAAGGUGAAGCUGUCGCUGAGGAAGAGAGUCAAACUGGAGAUCAAAGGAGACAAGACGGAGAACAGAGUCUUGGCCCUUGCGUCUCACCGAGCAUACCUCCUGACAGCACGCAUUCCCACCAAGGUGGAACACUCUUUUAACUACUUGGAGAUCCAGGGGAUUUCUUGUAACAAGCCUACACAGCUGCUCAUAGAGUAUGAGCGCAGCUCCUUCUCUCUGAAGCUGCUCUCUACAGAGGAGGUCAACGAGGUGGUUGCUCACAUAGGAAACUGUCUUCUGAGAAUAUGUCCUGGUCUACCACCAAGUAAAGUGAUGAAGAAGCUUUGUAUGGAGCCUCCAGACAGGCUGACCUCUCUGCAGACUCUGUGGGAGAACAACAAGCCUGCUGAACCUGGACCCUGUGGUGGGUUUUCUCAGAUCUACAGAUGUGUUUGUGACUGGCUGGGGCUGCCUUACAAAGAAGAGGUGCAGUGGGAUGUUGACACUAUCUAUUUGACACAAGACACCAGAGAACUCAACCUGCAGGACUUCAGCCAUCUGGAGAACAGGGAUCUGGUGGCUAUAAUAGCAGUCCUGGAGUUUAACCAGUGGUUCACCAAGCUCUCCACUAAGGACUACAAACUGUCUGCAGAUGUGUGUGAGCAGAUCCUUCGAGUAGUAUCUCGCUCAAGUCGUCUGGAAGAGUUGGUUCUGGACAACGCAGGACUUAAAACUGAUUUUGCUCAGAAGCUAGCAGCUGCCCUGGCCCAUAACCCCAGCUCAGGACUCACCACCAUUAAUCUUGCCAACAACCCACUGGAGGACAGAGGUAUCUCCUCUCUGGGUGCUCAGUUUGCCAAACUUCGUAUGGGGCUUAAGCAUUUAAACUUCUCCAAAACCUCAUUAUCACCCAAAGGGGUGAACAGCCUUUGCCAGUCACUGAGUGCCAACCCGUCCAUCCCCAGCAGCCUGGUCCAUCUGGACCUCUCAGGGAAUGUCCUCCGAGGAGACGACAUGCAGCAUUUCUACCACUUCCUUGGUCAACCCAACAGCCUGGCAACCCUUGACCUCUCCAACACAGACUGCUCAUUGGACCAGGUUUGUUCAGCACUGCUGCGAGGCUCAGUCCAACACCUCUCUGUCCUCAACGUGUCAAAGAGUGUCUUCCCUCACAGGAAAGGUAAAGAGGUGCCACCGUCAUUCAAGCACUUCUUCAGCAGUGCCAUGUCUCUCAGCUCCAUCAAUGUUUCGGGAACAAAGCUGCCACCGGAAGCCCUCAAAGCUCUCCUGCUUGGCCUGGCCAGUAACCUUAAUCUGAAGGACGUGUCUCUAGACCUCAGCUGCUGUGAGCUUGGCCAUUGUUUGCGGUCAGGAGGUUCUCAGAUCCUUGAAGGUUGUAUUGCCGAGAUCCCAAACGUCUCCAGUUUAGACAUCUCUGACAACGGCCUGGACUCAGACCUGUCAACUCUACUGGUUUGGCUAGCCAAGAACCGAUCCAUCAGACACCUCUCUCUGGGCAAGAACUUCAACAACAUAAAAUCCAAAAACCUUGCUCCAGUGUUGGACAGCCUGGUCCAUAUGAUUCAAGAAGAGGAGUCGCCCCUCACAUCUCUGUCUCUAGCAGAUUCCAGACUAAAGAGUGAUCUGACCAUCGUGCUGAACGCUCUGGGAAGCAACACCUCGCUCACCAAGUUAGACAUUAGCGGAAAUGCCAUGGGGGAUAUGGGAGCCAAGAUGCUGGCCAAGGCGCUACAGAUCAACUCCAAACUCAGGACUGUGAUCUGGGAUAAGAACAACACCAGCCCUCAGGGUCUUCAGGAUGUAGCAGCCGCUCUGGAGAAGAACUUCACCAUUCGUUUCAUGCCCAUUCCCAUCAUCGAUGCCUCCCAGGCUCUGAAGGCCAGCCCUGAGAAAACAGAGGACGCUUUGCUAAAGAUUGAGAAUUAUCUGUACAGGAACCAUGAAACCAGAAAAUACCUACAGGAACAGGCCUAUCGGUUACAGCAGGGCAUUGUAACCACAACCACCCAACAGAUGAUUGACAGGAUCUGUGUGAAGGUGCAGGACCACCUGAACUCUCUGAGAAACUCGGAGACAGACGUCAUAUUGGAGGACGUCAGAGCAGCAGAGAGUCUCAUCAAAGAUGCAAGGAACUCUAAAACGCUGCUCCCUAACCUCUACCACCUAGGAUCAGCUGCCAGAGAAGAAGUGAACAGCUCGUCAGCGGGACCCAUCCAGGAGAAACUGGAGUCUAUGGCUGGGGAGGUGACAACUGUCAUGGACCAGCAACUGCAGACUCUGUUGGAGUCGAUGGUGGGUGCAGCAGAGUCUCUGUGCCCUCAUGUGAUGAAAAGGAGUAACCUUCGUCCAGAGUUAAUGAAAGCCAGCUCAGCCAAGAUGGUCGUACCCAAAAGCUUUGUCACCAAAACUCUCCUGGAGCAGUCGGGGGUGGAUAUUAUCAACAAGAUCAGUGAGGUGAAGCUGAGUCUAGCGUCCUUCCUGUCCGAUCGCAUUGUUGAUGAGAUUCUGGAGGCUCUUUCCACUUCCCAACUCACUCUGGCAGACCAUCUUGUACGGCGAGGUCGCCCCUUGGUGCAUCAGGAGUCAGUGGAUCUGGACGUCCCAGAAGAGAAGAUUCCUAAACGGGCAUCUACUGAGAUACUAGAGGCUGAGAGGCUGGAGGAUCUGGAAACAUGCAUGACUCUGUGCUGCACCAGUAUGACUCCCAAAUCCAAGAGGAAGAGCAUCCACAGCAGAAUGCUUCGGCCAGUGUCUCGUGCCUUUGAAAUGGAGUUUGACCUGGACAAGGCCCUGGAAGACGUCCCUGUCCAUGUGGAGGACACUUCAUCUCGAACGCCACCUACUCCGUCACAUAUCCUGCCAAAAUUGGAGCAUCGUGCACCAGGAUCAAUGGCAGAGUUGCCAUCUGAGGAGGAAAAAAAACUACAACACUUCACCAAAUUACGACCACGCCGGAACAAAAAAAUGAAUUCUAGCAAAAUACCUCAAAUCGGCAGUGCUCCAUCUCAGGAUGGGGAGCAGAAUGGUCUCAUGGGAAGGGUGGAUGAGGGUGUGGACGAGUUCUUCUCUACAAAAGUCACCAGGAUGGAUUCCAAACGUUCCCUGAAGAGUUCAGAAUCUCAGGAUGGAGAGAAGAAGAAGAGUAAAGGAGGAUUCCUCAACCUCAUCAAACGUUCCUCCAAAUCAGAUAAAUCUGACAAAUCUGAGAAAAACCAAGCCCCCCCAUCCUUAGCCUCUGUAUCCUCAACGCCAGCUUCUACCAUCCCUGAGGAGCCCUCCUCACCAAAGGUGGCACUAAAGAGCCCAGCACCAGAGACAAAAUCCAGAGACGCCCGCUCACAGCCAGCGGACUACAGCAGCAGCUCAGACCGUUCAGAGGAGCUGAGGACGCCAGACUCCAUCGAUGAGCCCUGGGAGGGAUCGGACGGCAGGGGUAGUCCUCAGGGAGGCAGGCGGUACCCAGGGUUGCAGAUGAUGGGCAGCGGCCUCUUGGCAGAGAUGAAGGCCAAGCAGGAGAGGAGAGCGCACAAGUCUUCCAGCCCUGACAGACCUGACAGCAAUGCAACAGCAGCCAAGCCCCAGGCUCCCAUUUCAGAAAACAGGCCUUCCAGUGGCUCUAUUAAUAAAUCAGACCCUGGUUCUCCGGAAAAGUCCCCUCCUCGUGGUGAGACCAAGCCAGAACCAGCCCCCCGUGUUAGGGCUACGUCCUCCUCAAGUUCUCCUGGGGGACCAGUAAGUCCAAAACCACCAGUGCCGCAAGGAGCAAAACCUGCACUGGCUGCCCGACCCACCAUCCCACAGAAGCCGCGGACCGGCAGCAGCAGCAGGAGCAUAGACGAGAGCUCAGAUUCCCCCACCAGUGGCGGUGUGUCUCCUAAGGUCACAACUCUUCCUGCCACGCUGAAGAGGAUGCUGUCAGACAAGGACGGCCAGACCAGUUUGCAGUCAGGAGGCUCAGCCAACAAAACCACUCAGGACGUGAAGGCGGGGUCUGUGUCAGACUCUGUUCAGCGACCCAGCCCUCUUCGUACCAACUCUGAGGAUCAUGGCUCCUUUAAGACCAAGGAUCCAUCUCCAAACCCGGACAAGGACAAGGCAGCGGGCAAGAAGUCAUCAGACUCUGGGGAGGAGGCAGACAAAGACUUUAUUUUAAUAUGAGUGAGACAAAUGUUGAUAAGCCUCACAUGUUUUCCUUUUAGAAAAGGGGGAUCUAAUCAACGUAUAUUUUCGUUUAUAUUCAAGGUUGUACCCGCAGGUCCUGUCUGACCAUAUAGUACAAAUCGUGUUUUGUUUGCAGGAAGACCUGCUGUAGUAUCAGGUAAUACACAGUCUUAAAUUAAAUUUAAUUUGGUUGUUUAUGAUAAAACUAUCAACAUUAACACUUGAGGGGGAAAUCCUCAUCACAUUUUUCAGUCACCUAGUAAACCAAACUGUGCUAAGUCUCCUAAGAGCUUCCUUCUCUCAAACCUACCCUCCGCUGUCAAGUGAAAAGGUCUAUAAAACAAUAAACCUUUCAGGAUUUCAGGGUGAUCAAACAUACUUAGUUCAUGAAGAUUGAAACCUGAAUUUAAGCAUGAGUUUGUAAACCACUAAAAAAAGAGAGAGACUGUGAAACUGAGUGACUUUCUUUAACUAAUAAUCCAAUGUCUUGUUUCUCUUGUUGCAGUAACUUGUUUCCCAGGGACCAAACACACAAAAACAAUAAUACCAGGAUCACUGUACUGUACUUGAACUCAAACACACAGCCAGACCAGGACCCAAUGGGAUUUUCCUUCAAUAUAUUUGUAUAGAUUUUCUAUAUCCUAUUUUCAGUACAACUUACUUUUCUCCGGACUUCAGAGGUUACUGAAUCCAUUAUGCAAUUCAGCUUUUUUGUUUUCUUUCUUUUUUUACAGGUUCAGCUGAGAAUCUCAGCCCACCACAAAUCAAAAAUACACAUUUGAUGUAGCUUACCUGAUAGCUUACCUGUCUACAAGUCUCUCAGAGGAGACUUGUAGACUUCUCUGAAUGACUGAAGAACAGCUGUAGACAAUAUCAAACACAUCUGUGUGAGAGAGCUGAAGUGACCAUAUGUAGUGUUGCUUUGAGAGGACUGCUUUACCCUUUAACUUCAGUAAUAAUCAAAAAGGCUUUAGCACUGUUAACUAACACUGUUUUAUUUAGAACACUAUGGAAUACUGCAGACAUCUUUUUUAUGCUGUUUCGAGGGGAAAGGCGUAUGUGUCUGUCAUCAAAGUGCAAUUCAAAGUGCCAUCAUGAAACUGUCUCAGAUUUCGGUUAGAUCUGUAUUAGUUAAACCAAACAGCUUAAAUUCCAGCUGUCACUUCUCAGAAGAAAUACAACUAUGGAGCAUUAAACUAAACUGAGUGGUAUGCCAGUGUUUGUCACAGUUAUACAGACUCUGAAUUGCUCUUAAAGAGAGAUGGAUCCUCAACAUACUUAGAUUUAUUAACAUUCCCCUAGUGUGUUGAUGGUCUAAAGAAAGAAAGAACUUACUCAGAAAGAGGAAUGUCAUAGAUAAUCAGCUUGAAGGUAACACAGAAGAAAAUGUCAUUUGCUUCCCAUUUCAGUAUUUUGACCUCUUCAGUCUGAUCUUUGUGUAAAAGCGGUACACUGAGGGAACUCCAGCAGACACUCAGCAUCUCCUACAGAUCUGACCUUCAGCUAUGGCUUUCAAAUUCAGCUCACUUCCUGUGCAAGACAAGAUAUUUCUUUGAAAUGCAACCUCAAUUGUUUGCAAUCAUAUUGCCUUUGUUAAUAAUUAAUAAUAAUUGAGAAAACAGCAGUGAAAGUGAGCUGAGGGUAGCUGUACUGUAUUUUGACCACAUAGACCUCAGGCCUUUCCCUAAUGUAGCACCCUAGUUUUUAGGACCAGAAUGCUACACCACAACAAAAACCGCAGCAGCAGCAACAACAACAACAACAACAGCAUAGAGGCCUGUGUUUCCUCUUAUUUUUGUCUUUCAAGAGCUAGAAAUGCCCUUUUCACACUGCUACAAACAGACUCUUGAAUGAUUAAAAAAAACUUAUCAUUUAUCUUAUAAUUCAUUGACAAAAGGAAAAGAAAAACCUAACCCUAACCCCUAAGGAAAAACUAUUAUAUAAGUAUAACAGUUUGCACCAUAAGCACUGGAUUUGUCACUAAUAUGGCAUAAACAUAGAUCAGGGCAGCCUUUGCAUUAGAUUAUGUUGCAGUCGUGAUAUUGGAGUCACUGUAAUUAUUAGUUCUCAACUUAUGAAUACCAUCAACAUCCAAGUUGUAAUGAUAACUGGAAACAUUAGACUGCCUCCCACAGUCCUUCAUUCAAGGACAACAAACAUAAAUUUAAUAGACAGAGUGUAGCCUAGGGACAGUAUUUUAACCCCUAUACAACCAUCUGAUGACAGAAAUAUUCGCAUGUCACAUUUUAUUAUAUUGACAUUAACCAUUACAUUUACUUUUGACUAUCUAGCUGACUAAACUGGGCUCCAACAUUAAUUUUAAACGUGCGCUAGACCUUGUUCUUUAUGCGCAGUGUGAAAGGGGCACAACUUAUUGUACUGUACAAGAGUCUAAUUCAAGUCAAGUCCAAAGGUCUUACUGGUGCACCUUUUCCUAUGGUGUCUAUCGAUGUCUUUUUGUAGGAUCAUGAUAAAAACUUGCUUCCUUGUCACUAAUCAUGUCUUGGAAAUAACACUGUUCCUCCUGUAUAUAGUUAAUCUGUCUCUGAUGUCAAUAACUGCUUUGAUUCACAGUCCAUGUCCUAAAACUCAAACAUCAGUUUUUGUUUGAAAGAUGUUCAAGGACACAGAAAAAAAAACACACUACUUUUCAAUACGUUUAAACACACGUGACUGUGUGCUGUAUUCUGUUGACAUUUUUAGUCGUUUUCCUGACUCAAGGAAAUUGUAUGGACACACUCUUCUUCUUUCACUCUUCUGUGUGGGAUUUCAGAGGCAGCUGGCUGUGUUUCUGUCAUGAUUUCCUGUUCAGUCCUGACAAAUGAGCAUCCACUUCAUUGCUAUUGGUGCACAGAGUGGAGAACAUGAAAAUAACCAGUAGCAUUGAAUCUAGACUCCUGAGUCUGUGUGUGACUGCAUGAUGUGGCUGUGGAGUUGUACUGUAUGUAUAUAUGUGCUUUCAUACAUGUAGGUGUGUGUGUGUAUGUGUGUGUAUUUAUAUAUAUGUAUGUAUGUGUAAUAUACACACUGUGAUACAUUCACACGCCUAUGUGAACACAGCAAAUCCUAUAUUGUUUUGGUACUAAGUACACUACUAUACUAGGGGUUUGUUUGUAACUUAUUUGGAAUAAAAACGCAAACAGUG